AAACUUGUAACAAAGGUUUUAAUUAUCGAGCUGUUAAGCAUUAUAAGAUAUGUCUAUUGUAAAUAUAAUAAAAAAAGCGUCGACUCUUAUUCUGGGUGAGGAUAAAAUAAGUGAAAACAUCGAUGCUUAUGAAGACAACGAAGUACUGUUUUGUAAAAACAAUGUUUGUAUUCACCCACCGGUCGCAGUUCGACGCGAAUCUGAGCUAAUUCAUUAUCCAGGUUAUUUGACAGUAACUACGAAAACGUUCGUGGAUCAAUUUAAUGAAGCUCGUCGCUCAACUUUGUUGCUCACCUGGAUUCCAAAUUCAUCGCUCUGCAAAUCGAAGUCAAAUGAAAAUGAAAUGUAUAAAAAGAGCAAAAAGUUCGAAGUGGGUGGGCCACUUUCUGCCCUUAGUUUAAGUAAUUCAAAUGAAUUAAGUGAAUCAAAAGAAGAAAAAAUAACGUAUAGCGACCAGAAAGUUGAAAUAGAUGGCCCAAAUGUGGAUAUUCAAGAGUUAAAAAAUGAGUUGCAACCCCUUUUGGGCGAUCAUGUUAACUCGAUGCGUGAUAUCAACGCAUUACUUAAUAGAAGCCACAUAACGUCUGUUAAUAUAACGAUUUCUAAUCCACAUAUUGAGAACACAAAUGUAAAGCAUUCUAUAAACAGUGUAGUAACCGAUAUAAAUAAAGUAUAUUUCCAACGUGGAUAUUACUUAUGCGAUGACGUAAAUCUCUGCUGUGCGACCUCAGAAUUAUUUUCAUUGCAAAAUAAUGUCGACGUCGGUGACAAAAGUUCCACUCCAUUCCCUCGGAAUAAUUCUAUUUGUCGACGAUUUUCUGUUGAUCUAAGCCAAAUGCGUUCACUACGUUUAUUUUUCAGUGAUGAUAAUUGUACAUCCGGACAACUCGUAAUUGCAUCAAGAGAGUCGCAGUAUAAAAUACUUCACUUUCAUUAUGGUGGCUUAGAUCAUUUGGCUCAGGUUCUUCACCAGUGGCACUGUUUUCUACAUAACAUCGCAUUUACACCUGGACAAAAACAACAGAAUUUACCGUAUCGCCAAUUUAUGGUAUGUCGCCCAGAGAUAAAGAAGAGUGAACUGCAUCCCGAUGAAGGUGGCGUUAGAAAAAUUACCACAAACUUUUUUUACGGAACUUUGCUAAAUAUAAAAGGGCAAAUAGAAGAUGACUUACUUCUUCGCAAGUGCGUUUUUUUUGGAGGCUUGGAAAAAAGUUUACGAAGAACUAUUUGGCCAUUUCUAUUAAAAUGUUAUUCUUUUUCAUCCACAUUUGACGACAGAGCUGUUCUAAUGGAUAUUAGAAAGCAAGAGUAUGACGAAAUAACUCGAAAACGUUUAUACUCAAUGUCCCCAGAAGAACAAAUUCAUUUCUGGAAAUCAGUGCAAUGUGUUGUGGAGAAAGACAUUGCAAGAAUAGACCGCACAAAUGUAUUUUUUUGUGGAGAAGAUAACCCAAACAGAGAAAUAAUGAAAAAUAUUCUGCUGAACUAUGCAUUUUAUAAUGCAGGAACAACUUAUUCUCAGGGAAUGAGUGACCUAUUAGCUCCAGUAUUAUGCGAAAUACAAAAUGAAUCGGAGACGUUUUGGAGCUUUGUGGGCUUACUACAACGUUCCUUUUUUGUAUGUGCACCUACGGAUGUAGAUAUUGAUCGAAACUUAAACUAUUUGAGGGAACUCAUCCGUAUUAUGCUGCCCUCCUUCUAUGAACACUUAAAAUGUCAUUCCAGUUCAAUGGAGCUACUGUUUUGUCAUCGGUGGUUAAUUUUAUGUUUUAAACGUGAGUUCACUGAAUCAGUGGUUAUCCGAAUGUGGGAAGCAUGCUGGACGAAUUAUCUUACGGACUAUUUCCAUUUAUUUCUGUGUUUGGCCAUUAUUGCCGUUUAUGCUGAUGAUGUAGUGGCUCAGGAUUUACGUGCAGAUGAAAUGUUGUUUCAUUUUAGCUCGCUGGCAAUGUAUAUGGACGGGCAGUUAAUUCUUCGAAAAGCUCGAGGUCUAUUAUAUCAAUAUCGCCAAUUGCCAAAAAUACCUUGUACCUUGAGUGGUUUGUGUAAAAGAUGUGGGCCCGGUAUGUGGGACGCCGAGCACUGUCCAGCCUUGGAGUGUGUUGGCCAUUCGGACGAAGAUAAGUGCCCAUUGGAUAUUGACUAAACUAUCUACUAUAUAUGCCAUUCCACGCUGUUGAAUUCUAGUCAUAGCUUAUGUAUGUUUGGUUUUUAAUCUUUUAGACGGCUUAAAUUAUAGAUAAAUAAAUUGGAUAUAUAGCCUUAUAAAGCAUUUAAAUGGAUUUGACGCUUUUGUGACGCUAACUUUGUAUUAUUUAAAUAAUAAAUUACAAUUACUUUUUAUUUUAAGAAGCAAGAGCUUAUUA